GAGCAUAGGCAAGAUGCUGCACACGACGGCAUUCUCGGCGAUGGGUACAGGCAGCCGAAGACAUCCCUUCGAGCACACGCGCUUACAUCCAAGGAGGGCUUCCGGUGCAACGUCGAGGCGUCGCACAAGUGGUCUCUGAAGGAGAGGCAGCACUGCUGCUCCACCAGCGGCCUUGGAUGUCCCCAGAUGAAGUGUGAAUCAGGCAGCGAUGACUGGCAACACGCCUGGUCUGUGGGCAAGAAGAUCUGGUGCUGCGAGCACCACAAGAUCGGAUGCCCCGGGUCAGCGCCCGCAAAGGGCGCUCCGGCUCCUGCGCCGCGGCCUGCGCCACCGGCGCCUGCAGAAGUGGUCGCCGUCCCGACUCCUGCGCAGCGACCGUCACCGGCACCGGCGAAAGUGAUC